GGUUCUCUUUCCUUUACUGUCUGGUGUUCUCGCGCGAGACUGGAAUACUCCAAAUCAAUGAACCCCGACACGGUGGUCAGCAAACAGCGUGCCUUUCAAGUUGUCUGUGCACUGAUCUGCAGCGAAAAAAAUAAAAAUAAAAACAGACGAAUAUGGAAGAGAGAAUGUGUGGGACGACGACGCGAGCAGCCCGGAUUGUCUGUUCUGCAGAGGGAGCUGGAGAUGACUAAUGAGAAUGGGUUCAAGGAGCUGCUGCGGAUGACAACAGAGGAGUUUGAGUUCCUGCUGCGGAUGGUCGGACCCCUCAUAACCAAACAACACACAAAAAUGAGACGAGCCAUACCCCCAAGAGAUCGCCUGUCUGUGACCUUGCGCUUUUUGGCAACAGGGGAAACAUUCAGUUCCCUCAGUUCUCAUCACGGGAUUGGGGCCAGCACUAUUUCACAGAUAGUUAUGGAGACUUGUGGCGCUCUGUACCAGCUCAUGAAGAAAGACUACCUGAACACACCAUCAACAGAGGCAGAAUGGCGGGCAAUAGCCCAGGACUUUGAAUUGAAGUGGCAGUUUCCACAUUGCUUAGGUGCGCUUGGUGGGAAACAGAUUCAUAUACAGCCUCCAGCAAAGAGUGGCUGCCUUGACAAUAAUAACAAGGGCAGAUUCUCUGUGACAAUAAUGGCUGCAGUGGAUGCAAAUUACAAGUUCAUUUAUGCCAGCGUGCAAACCCAGGAUAAGGUCUCUGAUGCUGGACUAUUCACUCACUCGGACUUGUGUAAAGCGAUGGAUCAGGGUCUGCUGAACUUUCCUCCACCUGAACUAUUGCCCAACAGUGACAUAGCAAUGGCGUACAUGUUUGUGGGUGAUGAGGAGUGUCCUCUAAGGCCUGAUCUCAUGACACCAUAUCAGAUGGAGCAGAUGGACCACAGUCAGCAGGUGCUGAACUAUCGUCUUUCAAGGGCACGGAGAGUUGCCGAAAAUGCAUUCAGCAUUCUAGCAAACAGGUUAAGGGUUUUCAGGAGGACCAUAUUCUUGGAGCCUGAAAAAGUGGUAAAGAUCACUAUGGCCUCUCUAUGCAUCCAUAACUUCCUCCACAAGAGCAGGUCUGUGGCACAUACACCUCCAGCCUUUGCAGAUGGUGACCAAAGCAUAAUUGAAGUAACCUGCAGGAAUUACGGGAAUGGGUCUUGUCAGACGGUGGAGCAAAGAAGGAAACCCAAUGUGUCAGUUACGGCAGAACUGCAACGAAACCUUCUGUGUGACUAUUUUGUCUCGCCGGCAGGUUGUAUUCCUUCACAAGAGGAAAACAUUUAGCAUUGUAGGAAUGUUACAGUAGAUUUUUUGUAUUGGAGAACACUAUCAAAUAUCAAGAAUCAAAUGUUUUUGUAAAGCACUCUUCACAAUACACAUUGUUUCAAAGUUGCUUUACAGAAAUAAAAGUGUGUGUGUGUGUGUGU